CCCGCCCCCCACAGUGACACGGCUGGCGCGGGCGGGCCCGUCCCCCCUGCCCCUGGGUCGCUCUUUUUAAGCUCCCCUGAGCCGGGGCUGCGCUCCUCUAAUUGGGACUCCGAGCCCGGGCUAUUUCUGGCGCUGGCGCGGCUCCAAGAAGGCAUCCGCAUUUGCUACCAGCGGCGGCGGCGGCGGCGGAGCCAGGCCGGUCUUCAGCGCCCAGCACCGUCGCUCCCGGCAGCCCGGAGCGCGCACCGCAGGCCGGCGGCCGAGCUCGCGCAUCCCAGCCAUCGCUCCUCCACCUGCUCCAGAGAGAAGGGAAGAUGAGCGAGUCGAGCUCGAAGUCCAGCCAGCCCUUGGCCUCCAAGCAGGAAAAGGACGGCACUGAGAAGCGGGGUCGGGGCAGGCCGCGCAAGCAGCCUCCGGUGAGUCCCGGGACGGCGCUGGUAGGGAGUCAGAAGGAACCCAGCGAAGUGCCAACACCUAAGAGACCUCGGGGCCGACCAAAGGGGAGCAAAAACAAGGGUGCUGCCAAGACCCGGAAAACUACCACAACUCCAGGGAGGAAACCAAGGGGCAGACCCAAAAAACUGGAGAAGGAGGAAGAAGAGGGCAUCUCGCAGGAGUCCUCCGAGGAGGAGCAGUGACCGCGCCGUGCCGCCUGCUCCUUCACCGGGGAGCAGUUUCCUUCUGGGACUGGACAGCUCCGCUCCGCUCCCACCGCCCCCGCCCCUCCCCCCAGGCCCACGCGUCACCGCCACCUACCUGUGCCCUCACCACCACACUACACAGCACACCAGCCGCUGCGGGGCCCCGAGGCCUGAGUGGGGAGCAGUUUCCUUUGGUCUAGGUUUCCAGCGACCCCUCACCCAUGCGCACAUUUGCCCUUCCAGACAAAGCCGACUUCCCGCCUCGCCGCACCCUGCCCCUGCUGCGUCCCCACGCUCAGUGGUUGGGGACAUUGCUGACUGGGCUCUUGGUAUGGGGGUCCCCUCUGCUUCCCCACUCUUCCUUCUGGCUUCCCACUAAGGGGCCUGGGAGGGCUCCCCUGGCCUUAAAAGGGGCCAUGCCCCAUCUCAUUCUGAUCUGCCCCACUCCACAGCACUGGCAGCAGCAGGUACGGCCAGUGGGGAGGGGUGCUCAGCCCCAAGAUGCGCCCACCCAGCCUGUGUCUCACCAGGUGCGGCUCACGCCCACUUUUCUUCCUUCCCACCUUGCUUAGUCCUUGCUCGAGGUCGGACAGCCCCGUUUGGGGCACAGGAAGGAAGGCAGGAGGGGUCUGAGCCCCCUACCCUCUCCAAACGGGCUCCAGCCCACCUCACCGCCACCCUGGAAUCUAUUGCAGUGAGGGAAAUUCGGUCACCCUUUAUCCAGGAGGCCCAGGUUCCCUGUGGCAGCCACCUAAGGUGGGCUGGAGCCACUGCCCAACCCUAUCUGCUUCUACCCUAGGCCUCAGUUUCCCCUUUCCUCACACGGGGCACUAAUAACAAGGAGCUAGCCUUGCCCACUCCCACCCUUCUGCUCCUCCCCACCCCCCAAGGUUCUGGUUCCAUCUUUCCUCUGUUCACAAACUACCUCUGGACAGUUGUGUUGUUUUUGUUCAAUGUUUCCAUUCUUAGACAUCCGUCAUUGCUGCUGCGACCAGCGCCAAAUGUUCAUCCUCAUUGCCUCCUCCUGUUCUGCCCACAUCCCCCUCCUCCAAGAUGCUCUUAGGGGAAGGGGCCUGGGGCAGAGCAGGCUGGGUUACCGACCACCCCAGUCCCAGGGAAGGUGGGGGCCCUGCCCCUAGGAUGCUGCAGCAGAGUGAGGAGUGGGGGGGGCCUGUAUUGACCGACAAGGGUGUAGGGGCCACCUUUUCCCCCUGUUCUGCCGGGGAGGAGGUAGCCAUUAUUUGUCCCAGCCUGGGGCCCCCCCAUCUGGUUUCCUAUUUGCAGUUACUUGAAUAAAAAAAAUAUCCUUUUCUGGA